UGUAACAGUAAGGUGAGAGUUGGCCGCUCUCUGAAUGAUGCUGAGAAGCAGCAUGUGACGAAAAGGAGAGAGAAAGUCCUGCAAUCCCUGAUCCAGCAGAACUUAACAAUCAGUCCGGAUGUGGUACCUAACAUUGCGGUGAUGGGUUCUGGUGGUGGUCUGAGAGCUAUGGUGGGACUGCUGGGAUCACUGAGUCAGCUGAAGAAAGAGGGACUGCUGGACAGCAUCACAUACCUGAGUGGAGUCUCAGGAUCUACAUGGUGCAUGGCAUCAUUAUACAAAGAAGCAGACUGGUCCACCAAACUGGAGACUGUAAAACAAAACAUCGCCAAACGGAUGGCGGAUGGAAAAGUCAAUUGGCUGGAUCAAGCUAACAAACUGGCAAAAUACUUUUUCACAAAGGACAACUUCAGCCUCACAGAUAUCUGGUCUGCACUGGCUGUGUCAAGUAUGGUGAAUGAGGUUGAUGAACACAGUGUCACAGAGCAGAGGGACAAAGACGCCAACAACCCGUAUCCUAUUUACACUGUGAUCGACAAGCAGAGUAAAUAUGACCGACUGAAAUCAGAUCCCUGGUUCGAGAUCACUCCAGACGAGUCGGGUUAUUCUCUCAUGGGUGCUUUUGUAAAUACCUCCUUUUUUGGAAGUAAGUUUGAGAAUGGGAACAAGAUUAAAGAUCAGCCACAGAUGGACAUGCUGUACCUACAAGGUCUGUGUGGCAGUGUAUUAGCAGACAUGGAAUCUCUUCUUUCUCAGCUACUAACACUGAUCAAAGCAAAAACGAAAACCACAGCAAAAAGUGUCGUUUUACCAAAAGUGCAGAAUGGUUAUCAGAUGAUCCAAACACUUGUGGAAUUGAACCUUUGUGCUUUGAAAGGAGGGGACUGUUCAGUUUACCAGAAGACUCUGAAGAACCUCGUAACGAGUGAAAGCAAAUUGGCCGGUGUUCUAAAAUCGCCGACUUCAAAAAAGGCAAACCCCAAAGCAGAUAUCCAGGACACCACCCUGCAAGUGUGUAACUCAUUCUUUGACGUGUUUGGAGAGAAGAGAUCUUGGGACAGUGUUUGGAUUGCCAUUGUUAGAUCCUUAGAGAAAAUCAUCAGCUGGGUCUGGGGAACGACGUACAACUAUGUCAACAAGAUGAAAGUGGUAGGCGUUCACCCCAGUAUCCUCAGCUCAGUAACGAGAGAAUACGAGGAUGCUGGACUGUUAAACAACUCGCCGUAUAUGUCAGUUCUGAGAAAAGAACGAAACAUCGACCUCAUCAUUUCACUCGACUUCAGUGCAGGAGAUCAACUUGCGACAGUGUCUCAAAUAGCUCAACAGUGUAGAGAGCUAUACAUACCUUUCCCGGCAUUACCUGCACUACCCGUUGGAGGAACUAUAGAACCACAGGAUUUCUAUGUCUUCCGCGGUACCGGCAAAACUCCAACUGUGAUCCACAUUCCUCUUUUCAACAAGGUUAACUGCAAAGGAGAAGUUAAGAAGUGGCAGGACACAUAUAAAACUUACCAGCUGCACUACACUGCUACUAUGAUCUCAGAUCUCCUGAAAAAAGCGGCUUUAAACAUCAAAAACAACAAGCAAAAUCUACUGAAUGAGAUUAAAUACGCCAUUGAACGGAAGAAGCUUGGAUAAAGUAAAGUUGAAUACAGAUGAAAGGUGUUGAGGAUCAGCUAAACAAAUAUAUCUGGGUAGUCUGUAAAGUUUUGCUUGUAUUUGGUUACAUGGCUUGGAAUACUGUAAAUAUCAAAUUAACAAAGUGUGUAAUGGGAUUUUAAAGACUCUUUUUUUUUCUUUUCUUUUUUUUUUGCAAUAGGCAACAAGGUGUGUUUUGUCACACACAGCCCAUUUAGUCAUUGCUGUAUAAACACAAUGCCAUGGAAAUGAAAAAUAAAAUAAACACAUUACCACUAUCAUCCACAAUGAUCAUGCUGCUUGUAGCCACCAGUUUACA